GUCAAUUGUUUGCCCUUUGUUAAUGUUAAUGUUUAUUUUGAUUUUGAUUGAGCAAGCAUAGAAGUACCUGGCCUGAGCGCAAACCUAGGUCUAUAAAAGUUCACAUUUGGGGAUGUCUAAUAGUAUUUCUGAUUGCUGACUCAAAGUUUUUUUUCAUUACUUCACACAGAAAGUCAACAGUGUUUCCAUCCACUUCGAAUAACACUAGUUAUUCACUGUAUUUGAAAAAUCUUUCCAACACUUUCCUUCUUUAUAGGCCUAAGUAACCACCAUGCCUCAGUGUGAUCUGGAUGGUAUUUCACACAUUUUCAGACAUAUCCCAGGUCCAUGGCUACAAAUUUCGGAUCCAACCUGUUCAGAUACUGAGUUGGAUCUCGGGUAAUCAGGUUCAGGUAUAUCAGUGAAGACAUUUACACUGCACAUUGAUCUGGUACUGGUACGCCCUGUAUAUAUUCGGCGCAUGUGACAAAUAAAAUGUGAUUUGAUUUGACAGAAACACAGAACCAAGCAUAGUCUUGUUUAGACUGUGUUGGGAGCCAUGUUCGUGUAUUCAGCCUUUAACCCAAACCAGCAGCAUACCACCUUGCAUCCCACUGCUGGCUUACCUCUGAAGUUAAGCAGGGUUAGUUCUGGAUGGGAGACCAGAUGCUGCUGGAUGUGGUGUAGGAGGCACUCUUUCCUAAGGUGUAAAAAUAUGUCAUAGGGCAGUGAUUGGGAACGCGUGUCCUGACUCUCCGUGGUCACUAAAGAUCCCAUGGCACUUAUUGUAAGAAUAGGGGUGUUAACCCUGGUGUCCUGGCUAAAUUCCAAAUCUGGUCACCUAAUCACCCCCAGCUUCCAAUUGGCUCAUUCAUCCUCCCUCUGACCUGUAACUAUUCCCUAUGUUGUUGCUGUAAAUGAGAAUGUGUUCUCAGUCAACUUACCUGGUUAAAUAAAAACCCUGUGUAUGGAGUUGUUAGCUCCUCAUUGAGUUUUCCUUGUGGACUGCCAAUGCGUGUUUUUUUCUUCUAAGAGUGUACAAGGAAUAGCCUACUGUCCACUGUUACUCACUUCUGCUUUCUGAGCAUCACUGAGGGCAGUCUCAUUGGAAUGAGUUAGGUACAUAACAUUCCCAAAAUCAUAGAGAGAGAGAGUGUGUCAACUGUCAACAGUGUAAAAUUAAUAGAAAAACAAUAAAUAUGAAGGGCUAUCAUCUCCCCUCACUGCCUCCUCCUCCCUCUCUCUCUGAGUUUUAAAGUCUCCUCCCUCUUCAGAGAAUGGGAGUAUGAGGGAUUGCUUCAGUCGUCUUAAGAGAACAUAUACGCACAUCUACCAUUCUCUGUGUGCCCGUCUCUCUCACUCCAUCUUCCAGUCUCCAUCUCUCCUCCCUUCUCUGCCUUCUUGACGGACCCACUGCUGCUCCCUGCCUGCCUGCCUGACCUGUCCUCAGGCUGAGGAUAACCCUGAGCAUCGUCAGGAAUAGGAGUUUGUCUAAAGAAGGAACAUCUACACUGGUGAAGGAUGCAGCGGAUCCGGGAGGGCAUCCACAUAAGGACCAUGAAGGCCAAAAGGAAAGUGGAGGACAUCUCUAAAGAAGAUGUCCAGGCCUUCUUCAAGAAGCACGCCUUCGUGCUCUUUACUGUAGCUGCCGUCAUUGUAGGUAUAAUCCUAGGCUUUGCACUGCGUCCCUAUAAAAUGACCUACCGAGAGGUGAAGUACUUCUCUUUCCCCGGAGAGCUGCUGAUGAGGAUGCUACAGAUGCUGGUGCUUCCCCUGCUAGUAUCCAGUCUAAUCACAGGCAUGGCAGCACUGGACAGUAAGGCUUCAGGAAAGAUGGGCAUGCGAGCUGUGGUGUAUUACAUGACCACCACCAUUAUCGCUGUCAUCAUAGGCAUCAUCGUGGUGCUCAUCAUCCACCCUGGGAAAGGAUCUAAGGAUGAGUUCAUGAAACAGUCGAAGAUAGAGGACAUCAGCCCUGCCGACGCCUUCCUGGAUCUCAUCAGAAACAUGUUUCCACCAAACAUGGUCCAGGCCUGCACACAGCAGUUCAAAACCAAAUACGGGAAGCGAAUUGUCCAUGUAACGGUGACGGUGAAUGACUCGGUCUUCAACCUGACCAACCUGACUGAGCAGAUUACCCGGGAGGAGGUGAUCCCUAUCCCAGGCACAGUGAACGGGGUCAACGCCCUGGGGCUGGUGGUCUUCUCCAUGUGCUUUGGCCUCAUCAUCGGCAACAUGAAGGAGCAGGGCCAGCCCCUCAGGGAUUUCUUCGACAGCCUCAAUGAGGCUAUCAUGAGACUGGUGGCAAUUAUCAUGUGGUAUGCACCAAUCGGCAUCAUGUUCCUCAUAUCGGGGAAGAUCGUGGAGAUGGAUGACAUCACUGAGAUGGGUGGUCAGCUGGCCAUGUACACCAUCACGGUGAUCAUAGGCCUGUCCAUCCACGCUUUCAUCAUCCUCCCCGGCCUGUACUUUGCCAUCACACGGCUGAACCCCUUCAUCUUCAUCAUGGGGCUGGUGGAGGCCCUCAUCACAGCCCUGGGAACCUCUUCCAGCUCAGCAACCCUUCCCAUCACCUUCAAGUGUCUGGAGAUAAACAACAAGGUGGAUAAGCGCAUCACGCGGUUUGUGUUGCCGGUCGGCGCAACCAUUAACAUGGAUGGAACAGCACUUUACGAGGCUCUGGCAGCUAUCUUCAUAGCUCAGGUUAACAACAUGGACAUGAACUUAGGUCAGAUCAUUACAAUCAGCAUCACAGCCACUGCAGCAAGUAUUGGAGCUGCUGGGAUACCACAGGCUGGACUGGUCACCAUGGUGAUUGUGUUGACCUCUGUUGGACUUCCCACUGAUGACAUCACCCUCAUCAUUGCAGUUGAUUGGUUCCUUGAUCGGCUGCGUACCACAACCAACGUCUUGGGUGACUCCAUUGGGGCUGGCAUUGUGGAAUUCCUAUCUCGACAGGAGCUGCAGGCCAAGGAUGUGGAGAUGGGGAACAUUGUGCUGGAGGAGAGGAAGAAACCAUACCAGCUCAUCUCUCAGGAAAACGACCACGAAAACGCCAAACGUCCAAAAACUGAAAGCAAGAUGUAGAUCAACGCUCAAUAGUGCACACAAGCACACGCAAGCACACACACGGAAUGUUUAGGUUCAUUUUUGUUUUUAAUCUGUCAUAUUUGUCCAGUUAUUUUCACUCUACCAUAUUUCCUUUCCUUUGUUAUUUUGUCAUUCAUAAAGUAACUUUUCUAUUUACUAUCCAACUUUUAAAAAAAAGUUUAUUUCCCUGAAGUUGCCCAAUCAAAUUACUUACGUCCGCCGCCUCUCUACGAGAUAGAUAGGCCACCUGUUUUAUGGUGUGUCUGGGUAUUUUUGUGUUGAGUUAAGUCAUGGCCUAGAAUAUGUAUAUGGUAUAAUGGUAUAAGUAAUGAGGAAAGUGAUAUGGGGUGUUGAUGUCCAAAAGGAAUUUUGUAAAAUUAUGAAAGGACAACCUAUGUUUGAAUGACUUCAUCCCUCAAAAAAAGCAACAGAGAACACAUUUGUAUAUAACUACCUUAAUUUUGGUGGACCCCAGGAAGAGAAGCUGCUGCCUUGGCAGCAGCUAAUGGGGAUCCCUAAUAAAUACAAUUACAUUUUAUUUGCUACAACUAAUGAAAUUAGGCCCUAUGAGCUGUUUCUGGUGAAAAACAACCAACUUCCUAUCAUGGGUUAAAUAAGCAGUAAUUUAAAUAACAAUCCUCAAGUGGUGUGUAUUUUUAACAUUUUUUUUAUUUGAUUAACUUUUUUCAUGCUGUCAAUAUUCCUGUUGCAUAUGACAACUCCAAUUGUAUUUUUACUUUAUUUUGAUUGAUCAAAUUCUUGAAGGUGGUGCUGUGAUGCUGACAAUAUGGUUAAAACGAGAUGUAUCCAACAAUCGUCAUCACUAUAUAUGUAUCCAACAACUGUUAUCACUAUAUAUUCCCUAUUUUGUAGCCAGCCCUAAGACGAGUCUUUGAAAUAUCCUUCACUAUUUAGUACAUCAUUAUUUUAACAUAGCAGGUGUUUAAUAUUUUUAAGGCUUUGUAGAGUGAUUGUAUGUCGAUAUAUGUGUAAAUUAACUAUAUAAUAUGGAUAGUUGUUUACGUGAAUAUGUCUUCUUUAAUCUCAAUGCAGAAAGAUAUUUGUUUUCAGGGCCUAAAUGCCACUCCAAUGCCUUGGUUAGUGAAAUCAAGGAACAUAGUUUGUGAUAAUUACAGUAUGUGUGAACUAACUCAAACGGAUUUAGAAAAUAUGUUAUUUUCUUUCUUUUUUUCUUUAAGUUUUGAGAUAUGAUGGUUCACUUUCUGUAAAGGCAACAUUUGUGGUGAAAAGGAACUAAAUGGACUGGUAGAUUUGUCUUUGGUGAAUAACAUUUUGAAUAAAAUGUAAAAAGGAAGCAA